UCAUCAGAUCGCGCAGAGGCGGCUGAAAAGAAAGUGCGCUGGUUGGGAGGGAAGACAUUUUUUUCACCGUAACGGAGUGCCAGCAACCAUGAGCCAGUUCAGUUUUGGCAGCUCCGGCCCGGCCGGUGGCGGUUUCAGUUUCGGACCGCCGAAGACCGCGGCCGCCACCGCCCCGGCAGGCUUCUCCUUCACCUCCUCUGCUCCGUCAUCGACCAAUUCUGGGGGCGGCUUCACCUUCGGGACGGCGGCCGCUGCCGCGGCCCCUGCCAGCACUCAGCCGCCAGCCCUCUUCUCCUUCACCACGCCUGCCACCACGGCGCCGAGCUCUGGCUUCAGCUUCGGUGCGGCCACUCCUGCAACCCCGGCGACCGGCAACGUCUUCGGGCUCGGGGGAAACGCAUCCAAACUGAACCUGGGCAGCACUGGAACAGUACAACCUACUGGUAUGACAGGAGGCUUUUCUCUGGGCAAUAGCAGCGGACUGGGUGGCAGUGUAACAACUAGCGUACCAGCUAGCCAGCCGGCAGCUCCUUCAGGCUUUGUGUUUGGCUCUACUGCUGCUGCUGCUGCUGCACAGCCUGCCCCAACUGGAGGUUUCAGCUUUGGCAGUGGAACAACAGCCCAGUCUGGAACCCCCAACUUUAGCCUUGGUUCAGUUGUGAACCCAACAGCGCAAGCAUCUGCAGGGCCUACAGGGUUGACCUUUGGGGUUGCUCCAGCCACAGUCAGCACUGCUACAACCACAGCAGCUGUGUCACAACCUGCUACAGCUUUUAGCCUUGGAACACCAUCUGCGGGUGCAGGUUUUGGAUUACUUGCAUCAGCAGCUACUUCUGCCCCCACAGGAACACUAAUCCAGGGUCCUGCCUUAUCAUUUGGAGGCAAACUUGGAGGUACAGCUGCAACCUCGACAGCAGCUUCCACCACGACAACACCUUCCCUCCUUGGACUGGGUGCACCAACACUUUUUGCUUCCAUAGGAAACUCGUCAGCCCCAGCUCCCUCUACUGUUACCAGCCUCUCACUUGGUGCUUCUUCAGCUGGCACAGCAGCUGCCGGAACUGUAGGAUUUGGCACUAAAGUAUUGGGGACGACAACAGCAGCAGCAGCAGCCGCCACUACAACAGCCAGUGCAACGUCUGCCCCCAGUGCUGGAUUCACAUUGAAUCUGAAGCCACCAGCCACAACUGCUACAGUAGCAUCUACAAUUGCUGUUACCGCCACAACAGUUACGGCUCCUCCAGUGAUGACAUAUGCCCAGCUGGAGACCUUGAUUAACAAGUGGAGCCUGGAACUGGAGGACCAGGAAAAACAUUUCCUUCAGCAGGCCACUCAGGUCAAUGCCUGGGACCGAACCCUGAUUGAGAAUGGAGAGAAGAUCACAUCUUUGCACAGAGAAGUGGAGAAAGUGAAGCUGGAUCAGAAGAGGUUGGACCAAGAACUAGACUUUAUUUUGUCCCAACAAAAAGAGCUGGAAGAUCUGUUACUCCCUCUUGAAGAAUCCGUGAAAGAACAGAGUGGGACCAUUUACCUGCAGCAUGCGGACGAGGAGCGGGAGAAGACAUAUAAGCUGGCUGAGAAUAUCGAUGCCCAGCUGAAGCGCAUGGCACAAGAUCUGAAGGACAUCAUUGAGCACUUGAACACCUCUGGGGGCCCUGCUGACACUAGUGACCCACUUCAGCAGAUUUGUAAAAUCCUCAAUGCACACAUGGACUCUCUCCAAUGGAUUGAUCAGAAUUCAGCCCUGCUGCAGAGGAAGGUCGAGGAAGUGACCAAGGUUUGUGAGAGCCGGCGUAAAGAACAAGAACGCAGUUUUCGGAUUACAUUUGAUUGAAGUUGACCGCAUGACAUUCCAAUGGUCCUCCUCAGAACUUACAUCAGAUACAGUGUUGAGCAGAUGAUGUGAUCUGCUCUUGAAUUGUGAUGCCUCUUUUUGUAAGGUAUAAUAAAGGUGUUUUUUUUUUAAUUUA